AUGGGAGGAGGCCUUUACACCCAGGGGCUAUCGGAGGGGAUGAAGGACGAACUCUCCUUCAGGGAGCUGUCUCAGCGACUGGACAGCCUCGUCGACCUCGUAGACAAUCGGCAUUGUGAGAGGGCGCACGAGAGAGGCAUGAUGCAAGGUGUGCCUCUGCAUCCCCUUAUCAGCCCGGAGAAGACGGGAAAACGGGAGGGCUCGCUAGUAUCGGCGGGGUCAACUCCAGAGACUCCCAGACUUUUCUCCCCGUCCGUCAGGGUCGUGCCCGCCGCCACAUGCAUAUGCACGGGGAUUGUAGGGCCACGGGAAACCUGAUGGACGCGUGCCUGCCCAAGGUUUCCGGGUGGUGCGGGGUGCCAUAGUCGGAUCAUUUGCAUUGGGAGCUUCCGGAGGUCCCCUCAUCCUCGGCCACCCUGGCUGUCCACAACCCCAGAUAGACCGGUCCAUGGGGCGGCUCAUCCUGGAGGAGCUCGCCCGUACCGUUCCUUGGUCUCCCCGACACCAGCCCAACCACAGUCCCAGACCACUACCAGUCACCUCCCAGGUCCCCGUUGGCUGCCCGGUGCCAGGUUGCUUCCGGGGAAUGGGAUCUGGGGGAGGAGUUGUAGAUGAUGCCAGGGCCUCUACUCACAGGCCACGUUGAAACGUCGACGAUCCCUUCUUCAGUUUUCGAGGGACAGCGUUAACACCAAUGCACGUUCGUCAUGUCCUCAACCUUUCGUCCCAGUCUACGUCAAGACGGAAAGCGUUGUUCCACACUGAGACAGUGUCCUUCCUGGGGUUCAUCGUCACCCAGGGAGACCUACGGAUGGAGCCAGCCAAGGUCAGCGCGGUACUGGAUUGGCCCCAGCCCUCAUCCCUCAAGCAACUACAACAGUUUUUAGGGUUCGCUAAUUUUUAUAGGUGAUUUAUUGGCAAUUUUAGCUCCCUAGCUGCUCCCCUGACAGCCCUCACCCAGACGAGCGUACGCUCCUUCGCCUGGACACCGGAAGCGGGGAAAGCAUUUGAUGCGCUAAAGCAUCGCAUUACAUCGGCCCCGGUCCUCGGGCAUCCUGAUCCGUCCCUGACGUUCAUUGUGGAGGUGGAUGCUUCAGAUGUUGCAGUGGGAGCAAUCAUGUCCCAGCGGUUCCUCACGGACGGUUUUUCUCCCGUCGGCUGUCCCCGGCGGAGCGAAAUGACGACGUGGGGAACCGUGAGCUGCUAGCGGACAAGCUCGCCGUAUGAACUGACCACAAGAACCUAGCCUACAUUCAGGGGGCCAAGAGGCUCAGCGCCAGGCCAGGUGGGCAUUGUUCUUCACCAGGUUCUGGUUUACCAUCUCAUACCGUCGAAGAACACCAAGCCUGACGCGCUCUCCUGGCAGCUCAACCCCGUGGACCUGGUGGAGAGGGACGACUCCAUUGUCCCCAACGCCCUGAUUGCUGCCCCAGUUUCGUGGGGAAUUGAUAGGCUGGUCAGAGCAGCGCUACGGCGGGAGCCCGAUCCGGGCGAAGGUUUAUCGGGAGGAUGUACGUACCCAAGGCUGUGCGCUCGCGACUGCUUCAGUGGGCACACGCGUCCGACCUCACCAGCCAUCCGGGUGGCGCCAGGACAUUGUAGUUCCUGUGUAGGAAGUUCUGGUGGCCAUCUGCUGAGGGGGAUACGCACACCUUCGUGGCAGCUUGCCCGGUGUGAGCGCACACAAAGAGCUCAAGUCAGCCCGCGGAAGGGCUGCUCCGACCUGUGCCUAUCCCUAAGCGCCCCUGGUCCCACAUCUCGCUGGAUUUCAUUUCCGCCCUUCCCCCCUCUGAUGGAUACAGUCAUCCUGGUCAUGGUGGACCAGUUCUCGAAGGCUGCCCACUUCAUUCCCCUUCCCAAACUCCCUUCGGCCCGGGAGACGGCUAAGUUGGUGUUGCAGCACGUUUUACGGCUCCAUGGCCUUCCCCAAGUUGUGGUGUCGGAUCGGGGCCCUCAGUUCGCCUCCAGGUUCUGGAAGGCAUUCGCCACCUGCCUCGGCACCUCCGUCAGCUUGUCUUCCGGCUUCCAUCCCCAGUCAAACGGGCAGACGGAGGGCGUCAACCAGGAUCUGGAGGGGGUGCUGAGGUGCUACGCCUCCAGCAACCCAGCUACGUGGAGUCAGUGACUGCCGUGGGCGGAGUACGCCCACAACACCCUUCUCUGCUUGUCCACCGGCCUGUCCCCCUUCUAGUGCUAAUACGGAUACCAACCCCACCCCUGUUCGCUAAGCAAGAGGAGGAGGAGGCGGUCCCGUUGGUCCAGGCCCACAUCAGUCGCUGUCGCCGCACCUGGAGGCAGGUACGGACUGCACUUAAGCGGGCCUCGGUCAGGUUUCAACAUCAGGCCAACUGCAGGCAUCGCACGGCCCUGGUCUUUCGCCCGGGACAGAGGGUGUGGCUCUCCACGCGGGAUCUUCCCCUCCGCGUGGAGUCCAGGAAGCUGUCCCUCCAGUUCGUCGGGCCACUGUUACAGGAGGGACAGCUUCUGUCUGGACUAAUCAUGAUCCUAUUGGUGUCACCUGUGUCUACCUGUUCACCUGUGUAUUUAUGCCCUCAAUUCCCUGUGUUCCCUUGCUCUGUUUUUUCUGCUAGUUUCAUUAUGCCAAGCAGUACUAAUCAGUGUCUGAUCGCAGGACGUAUGGACAGGUACGUGAGAAGUGUUCUCCCUGUUCAUUUAUUAUUUCGGUCAUAGUUAGUAUUUCAUAUUUUUGGCUGUCUGCCUGUCUUUUGGAGUCUUAUUUGCUCCACCUUUCUUUUUCGUGUAAAGUCCAUUAUUUUGUAUCCUGGCUUCGGGACAAUCAGUAAAGUUUCUUGUUUCACCAUCUCUGCCUACUGUCUAACCUGCACUGCACUUGUGUCACACCUCACACCAACCCUUACAGUAUUUGGUUUUAAAUAUACUCAAGUAUCAAAAGUAAAUGUAAUUGCUAAAAUAUACUCUAUGUGAAGGCGAUGUGUCGCGCUGCAUUAAGCAGAUGGUGGUCACACCAGAUACUGACUGGUUUCCUGAUCCACGGCCCUACUUUUUUUAAGGUAUCUGUGACCAACAGAUGCAUAUUUGUAUUCCCAGUCAUGUGAAAUCCAUAGAUUAGAGCCUAAUGAAUUUAUCUCAAUUGACUGAUUUCCUUAUAUGAACUGUAACUCAGUAAAAUCUUUAAAAUUGUUGCAUGUAGCAUUUAUAUUUUGUUCAGUGUAUUUUCAUCCGACUCAUGAUGUGAAAGGAUUUGAACAGAUGGCAGAUGAUGGAAUAAGGACUAUUCUACUCGGCAUAAAUAUUAUAUAUUAAGGGAGCUAUGAAUUUCACAGAAACACCUCUGUCUCGCACCACCUCAACUUUCAUUCCAACAAGUCCCACACCUAUCAGUUGACAAUACUGUAAUCAUAGAACAUAUAUAACCUCAAUCUCAAACCCAACCUCAGCUAGAGAAUAAACUAAAUCCGCCAUAUAUCCACUGUAUGAUUGUCUAACUGAGAAAAUGAAUAUAAAACAUGAGAAGAGACAAGGAAAGACAGAAAGGCAGUAGAGUGAGGGAUGUGGUGUGCCCAUUUGCUGGCAGCUGCUUCGAGGCACAGUUCUCUCCGCUGACAAAGCAGCUCAUAUCACUGUGGCUGAGAACAGCAGCUCAUAUCACAGUGGCUGAGAACAGCAGCUCAUAUCACAGUGGCUGAGACUGAACCCAGAUACCGACAGAGACAAACAGACAGACAGAGAUGGAGAAGUAGGAAACAAAGAGAAAGAUAACCCUGUGGUCCUUUGUAGCUCAAUUGUUAGAGCAUGGCGCUUGUAACGCCAGGGUAGUGGGUUCGAUCCCCAGGACCACCCAUACGUAGAAAUGUAUGCACACAUGACUGUAAGUCGCUUUGGAUAAAAGCGUCUGCUAAAUGGCAUAUUAUAUUAUUAUAAAGAUAGAGUAGAGAGACAGAAAAUGAGAAGAGUUAGAAUCUGAGAGAGAAAGGGAAAGAGAUAGAGAGAGGAGUCAGAUAAACUGGCAAAAAUGAGGGUCAGAUGCGAGGAUUUAGACAGAGUCAGAUGAGAGAGAAAGUCAGAGAAAGAACUGAAUCAGACAUGGCUGAGUGUAUGUUGCAUGCUGUCCCCUGGUCAUUGUCCUGGCCUUCCCCACGUGAACCUCUGUCAGCUGCCUAUCAGUCCCCAUUCCUCGUGUAGGCCUAAUGGUCUCCCCUACGGUGUCUCAACCUGUCAGGCCUCACAUAACACUGGCUGACUCACACAGACACUUCAGCCCUCCACAGCACAGAUAUAUCAUCAGAGGACCAAGGAAAACAGGCAAGCCACAAAUACAACUUUACUAUAGUGUGGCAAAUCUACAACCACAUGUGCAGCUGAACUGUAUGUAGCUAAGCCUACAUGUACAGCAUUGUUAUGAUGAGUUUCUCUGGUGUCAAGUAAUUCGUGAUGCAAGAAGUAAUUUAACACUUAGAUGGAGAGUUGAUGCAAAGUAUUUAAUUGAUUACGGUACCGGGUUCGUAUAACUAACGGCAUGUGCUUUGCCUCUUGUCAUCCGAACACUGGACAAAGGAAAUAUCUAUUUAUAUACUUCAUGUUAAACGUUUCUUCAACAACAUCUGGUAACCAUCAGUGGGCACCCCUCACUCUGAUGGUAUCACCCUGUACCCAAGUCAGUAUAUUCUAUCAAUCAUUCUAAGAUAAACCCAAGUAAGCUCCCUUGACAUACUGAAAUCCUUAGCAUUCAGACUCUGUGGCCCCAAGAGUUACCUAUCUAACAAAUUUAACUUUGUUAUAUCAACCCUCCAUUUAUUUUUAUUUUGUUGUAUGUAAAAUUCCCCUUGUCUAACCUUACCUAAACCCAACAAGUCACAUACAACUUCAGAUCAACUAAAAUGUUCCCCAAUCAGUAGUAUAGAUAAACUAUGCUAGAUACCUGAGAAUUCAUCCCCCUCUACUUUCUAUCCCUGAAUCCAACCAGAUUCUCAAUAUAUUUAAUCAACAAAGGUAUACAUUCUCAGUAGCUCAUGCACAAUCAAACCUCUCAAACCUCUAUGGACUCAGUUUGAGUAAAAUAUCGAUACAUGAUUAACUACUAUAUUCACGCUUACUACAGUUGAAGUCCCAAGUUUAUACACACUUAGGUUGGAGUCAUUAAAACUCGUUUUCCAACCACUCCACAAAUGUCUUGUUAACAAACUAUAGUUUUGGCAAGUCGGUUAGGACAUCUAUUUUGUGCAUGACACAAGUAAUUUUUCCAACAAUUGUUUACAGACAGAUUAUUUCACUUAUAAUUCACUGUUUACAUACACUAAGUUGACUGUGCCUUUAAACAGCUUGGAAAAUUACAAAAAUUAUGUCAUGGCUUUAGAAGCUUCUGAUAGGCUAAUUGACAUCAUUUGAGUCAAUUGGAGGUGUACCUGUGGAUGUAUUUCAAGGCCUACCUUCACACUCAGUGCCUCUUUGCUUGACAUCAUGGGAAAAUCAAAAGCAAUCGUAGACCUCCACAAGUCUGGUUCAUCCUUGGGAGCAAUUUUCAAAUGCCUGAAGGUACCACGUUCAUCUGUACAAACAAUAGUACGCAAGUAUAAACACCAUGGGACCACGCAGCCAUCAUAACGCUCAGAAAGGAGACGCAUUUUGUCUCCUUGAGAUGAACGUACUUUGGUGCGAAAAGUGCAAAUCAAUCCCAGAACAACAGCAAAGGACCUUGGGAAUAUGCUGGAGGAAACAGGUACAAAAGUAUCUAUAUCCACAGUAAAAUGAGUCCUAUAUCGACAUAACCUGAAAGGCCGCUCAGCAAGGAAGAAUCCACUGCUCCAAAACCACCAUAAAAAAGCCAGAAUACGGUUUGCAACUGCACAUGGGGACAAAGAUCGUACUUUUUGGAGAAAUGUCCUCUGGUCUGAUGAAACAAAAAUAGAACUGUUUGGCCAUAAUGACCACCGUUAUGUUUGGAGGAAAAAGGGGGCAAUUGCAAGCCGAAGAACACCAUCCCAGCCGUCAAGCACGGGGGUGGCAGCAUCAUGCUGUGGGGGUGCUUUGCUGCAGGAGGGACUGGUGCACUUCACAAAAUAGAUGGCAUCAUGAGGAAGGACAAUUAUGUGGAUAUAUUAAAGCAACAUCUCAAGACAUCAGUCAGGAAGUUAAAGCUUGGUCGCAAAUGGGUCUUUCAAAUGGACAAUGACCCCAAGCAUACUUCCAAAGUUGUGCCAAGAUGGCUUAAGAUAUUGGUGUGGCCAUCACAAAGCCCUGACCUCAAUCCUAUAGAAAAUGUGUGGGCAGAACCAAAAAAGCGUGUGUGAGCAAGGAGGCCUACAAACCUGAUUCAGUUACAGAAGCUCUGUCAGGAGGAAUAGGCCAAAAUUCAUGCAACUUAUUUUGGGAAGCUUGUGGAAGGCUACCCGAAACGUUUGACCCAAGUUAAACAAUUUAAAGGCAAUGCUACCCAAUACUAAUUGAGUGUAUGUAAACUUCUGACCCACUGGGAAUGUGAUGAAAUAAAUAAAAGCUGAAAUAAAGUGGUUAUCCUAAAUGACCUAAAACAGGGAAUUUUACUAGGAUUAAAUGUCAGGAAUUGAGUUUAAAUGUAUUUGGCUAAGGUUUAUGUAAACUUCCAACUUCAACUGUAUCUAUGUAGGCAAAACCUCAAUUAUACAUAAGGACAAAUCCCACAUAGACCAUACAAGAAUAACAUACAUAAAAUGAAUGUUGAACAUCAUGCCAUCCAAGAAAAUACAUUGCCUCCUAACAAUUUCUAAGUUACAUGUAAACUACAAUAUACAGUGAGGGAAAAAAGUAUUUGAUCCCCUGCUGAUUUUGUAUGUUUGUCCACUGACAAAGACAUGAUCAGUCUAUAAUUUUAAUGGUAGGUUUAUUUGAACAGUGAGAGACAGAAUGACAACAAAAAAAUUCAGAAUAACGCAUGUCAAAAAUGUUAUAAAUUGAUUUGCAUUUUAAUGAGGGAAAUAAGUAUUUGACCCCCUCUCAAUCAGAAAGAUUUAUGGCUCCCAGGUGUCUUUUAUACAGGUAACGAGCUGAGAUUAGGAGCACACACUUAAAGGGAGUGCUCCUAAUCUCAGCUUGAUACCUGUAUAAAAGACAUCUGUCCACAGAAGCAAUCAAUCAAUCAGAUUCCAAACUCUCCACCAUGGCCAAGACCAAAGAGCUCUCCAAGGAUGUCAGGGACAAGAUUGUAGACCUACACAAGGCUGGAAUGGGCUACAAGACCAUCGCCAAGCAGCUUGGUGAGAAGGUGACAACAGUUGGUGUGAUUAUUCGCAAAUGGAAGAAACACAAAAGAACUGUCAAUCUCCCUCGGCCUGGGGCUCCAUGCAAGAUCUCACCUCGUGGAGUUGCAAUGAUCAUGAGAACGGUGAGGAAUCAGCCCAGAACUACACGGGAGGAUCUUGUCAAUGAUCUCAAGGCAGAUGGGACCAUAGUCACCAAGAAAACAAUUGGUAAUACAAUACGCCGUGAAGGACUGAAAUCCUGCAGCGCCCGCAAGGUCCCCCUGCUCAAGAAAGCACAUAUACAGGGCCAUCUAAAGUUUUCCAGUGAACAUCUGAAUGAUUCAGAGGAGAACUGGGUGAAAGUGUUGUGGUCAGAUGAGACCAAAAUCGAGCUCUUUGGCAUCAACUCAACUCGCCGUGUUUGGAGGAAGAGGAAUGCUGCCUUUGAUCCCAAGAACACCAUACCCACCGUCAAACAUGGAGGUUGAAACAUUAUACUUUGGGGGUGUUUUUCUGCUAAGGGGACAGGACAACUUCACCGCAUCAAAGGGACGAUGGACAGGGCCAUUUACCAUCAAAUCAUGGGUGAGAACCUCCUUCCCUCAGCCAGGGCAUUGAAAAUGGGUCGUGGAUGGGUAUUCCAGCAUGACAAUGACCCAAAACACUCGGCCAAGGCAACAAAGGAGUGGCUCAAGAAGAAGCACAUUAAGGUCCUGGAGUGGCCUAGCCAGUCUCCAGACCUUAAUCCCAUAGAAAAUCUGUGGAGAGAGCUGAAGGUUCGAGUUGCCAAACGUCAGCCAACCUGGUGGCCAACUACAAGAAACGUCUGACCGCUGUGAUUGCCAACAAGGGUAAUCAAGGGUAAACAAGGGUAAGUAAUGUUUUGCAGAGGGGUCAAAUACUUAUUUCCCUCAUUAAAUUGCUAAUCAACUGAUAACAUUUUUGACAUUUAUUAUUCUGAUUUUUUUGUUGUUAUUCUGUCUCUCACUGUUUAAAUAAACCUAACAUUAAAAUUAUAGACUGAUCAUGUCUUUGUCAGUGGGCAAACGUACAAAAUCAGCAGGGGAUCAAAUACUUUUUUCCCUCCCUGUAGGUAGAUUAAUAUAUCCCAAUAAAAAUAAGUCUUCAUUUUCUUGAUUCAUUUUGAGGAACCCCAAGAUUUUCUCUGGUCACUUGGGAUGCUAUCUGAUCAACUGAAGUAGUCCCGUUUCCACAUUUUCAAUCCUGUAAACCUUAUAUUCAACGUUAUACAAUUCCCACAUCACAUUCCCAAAUCCUCAAUCAACAAUAUCAAUGGUCUCUACACUUGAAUAAGAUGAUAUAGAUAUAGAAUUUGUACUUUCCCUCCUUGCAUUAAUAUUGACUGAUACAUUGUCUAGCUGUAAUCACUGGCAUGUUAGUAAUCAUUUGUACAGAUCUCAAAAUCAAUCCCCCAAAUAUGCCACUAAAGGACAUAGAAUGCUUGCCAUCCAUGUUCAUAUUGGCUUAUCACUAAGAAACCUUGAAAAUACUUAAACAGCGUUGAAAUUGCUAUAUCCCCCUAAUAUUUUUGCAUCCCUAUUCGUAUUCCUUAUUUCAUCCUGUAUUUCUCUAAUAUUUCCCAUAGUUUUUGUUAAAUUCCCCAGAUCUUCCUGUUCUGAUGGCAAGUAUGCCCAACAUGUUUCUCCUCCUACAAUUGCACACACGCCCCUUUAGCUUCUGUAAUACCGUCCAAUGCUAUGCGAGUAUCAAUUCCAUAUUGUCUGAUGAGUGCCCUUUCAGACCCAAUUGCUUGAAAACCCAAUACUGUUACUAAGUACCAUGUUUAGUCUGAACUCUGUUCAACAUGUUCCUGAUAUAAGGCACACUUGCAUCAACCUUAUCUUCCAAACAGUAAUAUUCAAAAUUGUCUACUCGAAAUAAAUAAUAUAAGUGUAUCCUAACACCUUAAAACUAAUGUAGCAUUGUUUUAACCAUAAUAUAUAUUUAAGACAUUUAUCUUGCGAUUGUACCAGCACUACCAGGGCAUGCUGAGAAUAGUUUCAACAUCUUUAGCUCACAUAACUUCUUUACCCAUAUCACAAUUAGUAUAACAAUCAAAAGAAUCAAUACCAAUAACUAAUAUAUUAAUUGCAGUGUCAACUUACUUAAAUCACUCAGUCAUCUUAUAAAUCAUAACCAAAAUCAAAUUAAUUAUCCAACACAAAUUUAGGAUGACAAUUCUUAGUGAUUCACAUUGGUCCUAUCACUCAAAGUUAAAACCCUCAACUUAGCACCCAUGAGACUGGCAGAAUGUACAUUUAUAUUAUCAUACCGUAUAACUAUCCAUAAUUCUAGUAUUACCUUCCUCAUCAUGAGAAUAACUACAGAUCAUUAUCACAAUGCAUUCUUAGUCCAAAUUACUAUACAUUUAAUAGUGUAUAUACCUUCUACAUCAACCUCAUACCCAAAUUAUCAAAUUUAGAGAAGUCCAAAUUAAUUAUGGAUACAGCUGACCAACCCCGUCCUUCCCCAGCACUUAAUCUUCUGGCAUCCCUUCAUUAUGUUCUUCAGACAGCUUCAUAUUUCAACUUGAAUUGCCCAUAACAAUUUCCCAAUUUCAAUGUCUCAUCCGAGCAGCUACCAUCUCUACCCCCCAUUUUGUCUCGUCCAUUUUCCAACCAGUAUACCAACAACAUGAGAAAUGUUGUAUUUAAUGGAUCUCUCUCCAUUCCCACUCCACAUGGACUCCUGUCACACUCCCGUGAGAAAAGCAUGAGAUAAAAGACUGUUGAUAGCUUCGAUUGGAUGCUGUACAUCGGUUGCUGGUAGAAGUGUUGCUGUAAAGGAACGUCUUCAAUGCCUCUGAUGCUCAUCUUCAGCCGGUUUAGAGGGGUUUUGAGGUUCAUACCGUUCUUCAGAGUCCCUGUCAAUCCAUCAACAUCGAUCUGUGGAGUGUAUCCUUCUUGCAGCAUAGCAGUAGGGAAGCUGAGAGUCACUGCUGCAAAGACACACAGACACAGACAGACACAAAAUAAAACAAUGCUCCGUAGUGGCGAUGCCAUCUUCCUCUUCUGGAGUUGGAACACUCCUACAGUGAGACACCUGGAUCUAGGCAUCUGUCUCUGCUACUUCCCCCUCCAUCGAGGUAGCCAGCAACACCUAUUACUGACCUCCCCACCUAGAGUCUGUCCAGCUUUUACUUAUGUAAUCCUUUCCUGCCACAAAGGCUCCAGGGUGCAGAAAAUGCCCAGAUUCUUCUGUUAGGUUGGGCAGAGUUGCCUUCACCCAUGGGAAGAAAGUAAAAACAUUGUUAGGUGAUACACAGUAUGCUACUGUACCAUGUAUUCUCAUCAGUCAGGAGAAGCCUUGAGAUUAGGAAGUGCACAUUCUUACAGCUCGUUGUAGUCCACUAGUUUCAGACACAGGCCUCCUCUACACCCUGCCUCCUACCACAAAUACACAUUUUUCUAACUCAUAACACAUUAAUUACUACUGCUCAUAUUCUUAAUACAAUUUGCAUAUUUACCAAAAUAAUAAAUGGAAUUAAAAUGACAACCUUUGAUAAUACCUUAACUUCAAUGUAUCCCAUAAGGUAAUUCAAGAAUAGUCAAAUCGACUAGCAACAGGUAUCCCUCAUUCAGGGCUAGCACUCUCUCUCUGUCUUUGUCAUGGUCCAAAUCAUAUAUACGAUUAUUGCUAAAAUAUAAACUUCUUCCUAAUUAUCAGUAUAAUAAAUCACCUUCAAUUCCUCAUCCUAUGUCUCUCGGUUUUCCAGUGUGGGUGAUCAAAUCACACUAGAAAGUCAGGACAGAGGUCAGAGGUCAUUCAAACCCUUCAAAUAAGUGUUUCACCCUAUAGUAGACUAAUUAUUAACAACAGUCAAAACAUUUCAUAAAUUGUGUAUCCCAAGUGUACAGUAAGUCCUCAUUACAUUUCUUCUCAAAAUAAAUCAUGUGUUUACCCAAAACUUACUCAGAAAACAAAAACGUCUGAAAAUGCUGUGUGCCCCUUUAAGACUUAUCAUCUCCAACCCAUGAACCCCCCCUAAAUAAAACAUAUAGUAAAACAACAAACAAAAAUGUCCAGGCCUUAUUUAAUUUGGUAGCUCCCUUUUACAGCCUAAUUAUAAGACUGCCAAAUUUUACUAACUGCUCCCCCCAGCCCACGGACUUGGGAAACAUUCCAAUGAGAGAUGAGGAAAUCCCCAUUCUCCUGGAAGAGAAAGUAUACAUUUUGUUAACAUUCAGUUAUAAUCAGCAAUCCAAAAAUAGUAAUUACACACAAAACAUGAUGCAGAUAUACACUGUCCUACCUCACAUCAAUAAUUGAAACUAUCUAAUUCCUCAUAACUACUCCAGAAGAAGAUUACAUAAAAUAUCUCAAAAGAUGAAAACCACUCAAGUGUCUCUGAGUUUACAAUGAGUAUUUUUAAUUGAUUACCCUUUAGACUUCAUCCUCUGUAAUUUUCACAAUGAUUAUUCAACCCCAAAAUCGGCUCCAUUUGAUCCCAUAUCAAAUUAUCCUAGUAUCGUUACUUGAUCAACAACAUAGGAAAUAUCUGUUUCCCCUUAUAUUGUUCCUGUCACCCCUCUAAAUGUCAUAUUUUAUUCAUUCGCCAAUAUAAUAAAUUACUCUGCGUAAGGAAGCCGUGAUAUUUUAUCCCAGGCAUCUAUUAAAAAAGUUCUUUGAGACGUUGUCUCCUACUUUUUCCCUUAACAUAUACUGUAUGGGCCUUCCAUCAAUCCUGGAAAAAAAACUCAAAACACAUUAGAUAAUACCACGUUUCAUUAAGUUGACUACACCUUCUAAUAUAAACCUAUAACCCCUUUCCGGUAAUGUAAUUAUUGCAACCUGUUGCAUUGAUGUAUUGAAAUAUAAACCUAUUGUUUAAUAAAUCCAGAACCUACAUAAAUUGGUAAUUCCCCAUCAGAUUAUCGUUUUUAGAAUUAAUUAACUGUCUACAUAACUCACUGGUGUACAGAGCAAGGCAAACAACUACUUCAAGGUCUCAGAGCGAGUUACGUCACCAAUCGAAACGCUACUAGUUCGCACCGCUACUAGUUAACACCGGUUACACUCACCCCCCUUUGACUUCCUCCUUUUCCGCAGCAACCACUGAUCCCACUACACCAAACUUAACCCAUUAUGUCCCUUACAGCCCGCUCGAGUUCAGGGAGCCCCAGUCGCUAACACCCGCAGACAAAACAUGGAACUCUUCCAUUCUUACUAGUAGACAAAAAUAAAACCCAUUCUCAAACAGCGUUCUGCAUUUACCUCUAUCGUAGGGUUAAAAAACUAAGUGGACAACUUUCACAAUCCUAGAUUGCUGUUGUAGCUUCAUGUUUUGGUUCAGUGUCUCUGUUAGGAUAUUGGGUCAGUAAUAUUUCUGUAGUGAUCUCAGCUAAAAGUUUCUAAAUUCCUCAGUUAAUAGUAUAUUUCAUACUCUGCUUCUUCCAACACUGCUUUUUUAUCCCUGGAGUUUUUUUUAUACUGUUUUUAUUCUCUUUGUCCCCUUGCUUCACUUCAUAUUAAGAAAACACACUCGCUUCCUGUGCUCCGGCACUAUACCCUUAUUUCCCCCUGUUAUCAACUAAGAUCAUAGCCACAGCUCUAAUGAAACCACCAAUCCACCAUUAUUAGAAGUAAGCAGGUCUAGGUAACUGUCCUUUAUGAUUAGGCUACAGGUAACAAACCAAACACUUGCUGUAGUUGACAAGCAUACAUUCAAUUUGUAUCCAUAAUAUUCAUAUUCAAUUUAGUUAGUUAAAUUACGACUCCAUUCACAGUAGUUUAAGCUAGCAAACCAUUUAGGCAACUCAAAAAAUGACUACCUCGACAUUGUCUCGCUAUUCCGAUGGCAUAAAUGAUUCUUUCAAUUUGAAACAAGCACGCUGCUAUAUCGUCCAUUCUACAUCACCAAACCAAACACUGGCUGCAGUAUCUGUCUCAGAAAAACAUACCAACAGUUGACUUACACUCAGAAACCCAGAUUUUACUCUAUACCAGCCAACCCCAAUAAGCGGCCCGCGGGCCAGAUCCGCCCCGCAAGAGCAAAAUGUCUGGCCCACACUGACAGCAUUGGCAUUCACUUGUUCUAAUAAACAUGAAUUUAAUAUCCGCGGCUCUGGUUUAUUUUGAAAUUAUCCCACACCUUGACCUGUGGCUUUUACCGCGUGCAUACGUAAGACGUGCUUCGCGCGCUUUGCGUACUCGUCUCCACUCGACUAGCUGUGUGGAAAAAUGAAAGAGACCAUGGAUACUGUGACUUGACUAGUUAACAUUGUCCGUGAGAGCUCUAGUCUGCAGCAUCGCCUUUUUAGAGCCUUACUCGAGGAAAUGUCAGCUGAACAAAAGGAUAUUUUGCUCCACAAUGACGUUCGCUGGCUGAGCAAAGGCCGUGUGUUGGAGAGGGUGUGUGACCUGCGUGAUGAACUUGUGUCAUUUUUAUCCAGCCUGCAGAGCCAAAAAGCCAGCAACUUUUUGAGCUUUUUAACUGACAACAAGGUGAUAUCAGAUGUUACUAUUUUGUGUGAAAUCAUGUCUCAUCUAAAUCACCUUAACCUGCGACUACAAGGCAAGAACCACACUGUUGCUGACAUGUAUGAGACGAUUGAAGCUUUCCGGUCAAAGCUGCACCUCCUGGAGAGAGACAUUCAUGGGAGAAAGUUGCACUUUCCACGUCUGCGUGAGCAUUGUGAGAAGAAUAAAAUGCAGGAAGAUCCAGCAAUGAAGGAUUUUGUGUCCAGGCUGGCAGAAAACUUCAAGGAAAGAUUUGAAAGCUCCCUUAAACUCUCAGCUGACAUCCUUCUCUUCGUAAGACAGCCGUUUUCUGUGUCAGCUGACGGCCAGUGGACUGCAGAGGCCAAAAAGCUGGUGCCUUCCAUAGAUGAGGCUGCUCUUCAGAUGGAAAUCUUGGAGAUGGGAACAUCUGAUUUGCUCAAAGCUCAACACAAGGAUGCACUGGUGAGUGACUUUUGGAUCAACGUGGUUCCCCAAGCUCGUUUUAAAAACACCAGAGAUAUUGCAAUGCUCCUACUCACGAUGUUUCCCUCAACGUACAUCUGUGAAUCAGCAUUUCCUUCAAUGAAUGCUAUCAAGAGCCAGGACAGAAACAGACUCUCAGAUUCACAUCUUGGACAGUGCCUCAGGAUUGCCACAACAGAAUACAAGCCUGACAUCAGAAAGGUUGCCUCAUCCCGUCGCUCUCACUUCUCUCACUGA